GUGACGCCCCGCCGUCAACGACCGCACGCGCCACGCUGCCCCCUCCUCUUUUAGAACUGAAAAUAUAUACACACGUUCCCCUCUCUGUCGCUCUUCUUUUGCCUGAGUUUGAAGCGUAGAAGCAAUUCUGUUGUUUGCCUCUCUCCUGUUUCCACCUGCUGACUUCCUCACGUGUGUGCGUGUGCGUGUGCGUGUGUGUUUAGCUGCUUCGUGGCAGCCUUUCCCAUUGCGUGGAUCCUUCUCGUUCUGGGAUUUUCUGUCGUCGUUGCUCCCAGGCUGAUGCGUCGCUCCACCUUCGCCACAGGCACGGCAGCGGCAGCGGCAGCCCGUCGCCUCUCACCUCUCUCAUCGCUGCAGUGCACCGCCACGACCCCUCUCCUCGCGUCACGUCGCUGGCGCAGCAGCCGCCCACCGCGGCACACCACCACCGCCGCCGCUUCGAAAUCCGCAGCCGGUGCCAGCUUCCUCUCCCACCCCUCUCCUGAAUCCACCUCCCCCUACCAGACGGGCCCGACGUCACGUCAGAGUCGCACAGCGGCGAACCACACGAGCGGCCUCGGACGGGGCCCCGUGAAGGACCGCAUACCGCCCGUGCCGACCGACCUCGUUGAUCCACGACGGCGUCUGGCAGUGCUGGUGGACGGCUCCAACCUGAACGUCAUUUCUGAUGGGUGCACCUCGAUGGAGCAGCUCUACCGCACGAGCGCGCUGUUCUCGACCGUGCUGCCGGCGGUGUUGAUGGUCGGCGUGCCGGUGCUGCUGCGCGUCUUUGCGCAUCAGCUGCCGUCCGCGUGGGAGCCGCUGAUCGCCGGGAACAGCAGCCGUUUCGGCGGCCACCACCACAACUCUAGCAGUAGUGAGGAUGCUUCGCUGGCGGAGCGGGAUAUGGAUGGAGUCGAGGGGAGUGCGGGAGAGGAGGCAGCGAAUGGCGGCAGCGGUGGCAACGGUGGUGGUGGUGAGGGAUUUGGAAUGGAAGGCGGUGCCGCUGCCGGCUCGCCGUCGAGCACGCGUCCGCUGUCGCUCAUCCCGCUGCCCGCGCCUUCAGCGACGCCAUCUGCGUUGUCAGCGCAGCCGCGUGUUCAAGUCGAGUACUUCCGAGUAGAGCGCUUUAUCCCCAUCGCGAUGCAGCUCGAGGCCGACGCGCGCCACCUGUAUGAGCUGCGCAGCCUCAACAAAAUCGAAGGCGUGUGCUACGUGUGCCACGAGGUGGACCGGGCGAUGUACGUGUCGCUGAUGGAGGAGCAGCGUAACGGCUCAGCUGCGUUAGCGGGCCUUCUGCGGCACAACAGCGGCGAAGCGAGCACGGCGGCGGCUACUCCUGCUGCGUUCUUCAACCAGUACGUCUUCGAUGAGCUUGGCAUGGUCGGUGAGCUGCUGGCGGAUGGUCGAUCGAAAGACGGGUCGUAG